GAGCCACCCGGCGUCUCCGUCACUGUUAAUAGUGCAGUGUUAAAAUAAUACAUACAGUAGAUCUCUAUGUUUAAAUCUAUUUUGCCAAGAUAGAAGGAGAUUACAAAAAAAGUGAAAGCCCAUUUGGCGAUGCAAAAUAGGAUAGCGUGCGCGCUGGUGGAGCCCCUUCGCUGCGGCAGUUGCCAGGGGAGAUAGGAGGGGAGGGGCUGUGAUUGGCUGGAGUGACUGUGUUGCCAUGACGACGGCUAGGGGUUUGGUAGCGUUGCUGUGCGCUGUGCGAUCCGCGCGCUGCGUGCAUGGAGGAAGCAGCUGCUGAUCUGAUCUCUGACAUUGUGCGAGGCAGACAUCCGAAUAAACUGCGUACUGUCGCGUCUUUAAACACACCGCACCGAGACACGACGUACAUGAUUACCUCUUUGAUUUAAUGGGUCCAAUUAUUGGGAUGUCACCAGACAAGAAAACGGAAAUUCCGGGUAUGCAAGAGGAGCGGACAUGGCUUCGAGGUGUUUGUGGAGUUGGAACACUGCCUGAGGCAGAGUGCGCAUCCAGUCCCCUUGCGACCAGCGUGGAUCGGACUGGAGGUGCGGAAGAUGAAGAACUCACCAACCUCAACUGGCUUCAUGAGAACCUGCUUCAGAACUUUACGUUGGGAGGUCCUGAAGCUCAGCCCAGCGGUAGCCCGCUCUUUGACAUUGAAGGAGACUACGGAUCCAACCAAGGAACUUCAUCCUCGUCCACAGCCUCAACUCACAGUAGGGGUCGAGAGCGGGACUCAUUGAAGUCCAAGCCCCCUUUUUCGUUUUCACUCCUCAUCUACAUGGCCAUUGAGCAAUCGCCGAGUAAAUCUCUACCCGUCAAAGAAAUCUACGGCUGGAUUCUAGAGCACUUCCCUUACUUCUCCAAUGCUCCCACUGGAUGGAAGAACUCGGUGCGUCACAAUCUCUCCCUGAAUAAAUGCUUCCGCAAGGUCGAAAGGAGUUUAGGAAAGGCCAAUGGAAAAGGUUCUCUCUGGUGCGUCGACCCAGAAUACCGCCCCAACUUGAUCCAAGCCCUUAAGAAGCAGCACUUUCCUGCCGCACAUGCCUUCUGUACACCACCCGCCUCCCCGCCCAGUGCCUCCUCACCCCCUCGCCAUCUCUUUCUGCAAGGUUGCUCAUUUAAAGAGUCUGAUAUUGAUGCUGCCACUGCCAUGAUGCUCUUAAACUCUGCCCCAGGGCACCACGUUGACCCAUGCAAUUCGGACAGUCCACUGGACCUCUCCAGACCCGACUCAGUCCUGGUGAGCAGCGAUCCAAAGCAGGACCACAACUACAGCAGUGUCGCCCUGCAGCGGUGCUCCUCCCGGUCUUCUUCGUCCUCCCUGUCCUCCUUAGAUGAAGGAGGCUGCGACCGCAGGCAGUCCCGCCGCGCCGGCAGCGAGGGCUUCCACAGCGACGAGGACUCCGACCUCUGGGAUGAGAGAGGCGCCAACCAAACACGACGCCGCCCGUCCGCCAUCAUGUGGCCUGCUGACAAAAGGCCGCGACGGGAGGUCAAGCCAGAGCUGGAUGAGGAGCUUAAAGAAGCUGCCGGUUCCUUGCUGCACCUUGCUGGCAUACGCAGCUGCACGGAGGGCUCCAAACGCAAUGUCAAGAGCACAAAACUUAACAGGAAAUAAAGAGAUCCCAUCAUCAGACUCCGGACCCUAUGAACCUUCACCUCUGACCCCCCGCAGUCGUGUGUCCCGGUGUACCUCCUCCUCCUUAUCUCGUAUGUUGGCCAUUUUGAGCCUCUCAAUCGUUUGUUUGCGAUAUUCUGUCCAACGAAUCAAAUGGCAAUAGUAUUGUUCACACAGGAGAGCAAAGCCAUAAAGAGACUUUUACAACUGGGGGAGGUCACAGCAUAUGGGCGGUGUCUGGGCUAUGGAGAACUGGAUCCAAAAUAACCUGCCUGCUUCUGUCGAAAUAGACGAUGGUGACUCAAGAUUUUUCUUUUUCCUGUAAAAAUGGGAAAGGUUUUUCUAACUCAAAGCGUUGCAUGCUUCCUCCUCAAACUUGUAUUCUCUUCCAAGUGAAUCUGUGUAUGAAGCGAGCGAGUGCAUGUUUGUAACAGACAAAAUCUAACCUCCUGGUGUUCCACGUUUUCUCUCUUUUGUGCUCAAAGAAAAGGAAAAAUAUGGCACGGUUUUAAAACGUGUGCUCUACACCACUGGUGAGAGAUGCAAUAAUGAAUCCACAACCUUAACUUUUUCCACGUCAUUGAAUAUUGCGACUUUUCCACUCCAGAGAUGCUAGUUAAACUGCAACUAAGCAAAUGAGUGAGCUAGCGUUUUUUCUCUUGUUCUGCCAUAAACAUAAGGAUUAGCAAAAUGUGGGAUUAGUAUUUCCUCUGCCACUGCCAAAUUUUACUUGCAAACUUUGCUGUGUUUUGGACUGCCAGUCACUUGUAUUUGACCUUUACGGCACAGCCGUGCGUUAAAUGAACAUCUGCCUCUUCGCUGUGUGUGCAUAGGAUUUCCUUGACAGCUUUUACUUGUUUUUCAGUGUCUUGUUUGCUUCAGUCCAAACCGAAGGUGAGACAAGUGGCUAAGUUACUCUUAUACGAAGAAAAGUAGCCAUGCUGCUCAACUUGUUGCGUUAUUGAACCUUGUGGACGGAGUGGUAAAUAACCCCCGGUUCGUGCACCAUUUUUUGCAGUUUAUUCCUAGUCAAAAUCGAGUAGAAGGCCUGAUUUGGGAGAGCGUUGCCGUCGAGCUUGUUUAAAGCAUGAUGAACGUGACUGUACGGUCAUGGUUGCCUAUAACUGGAAUCCUUAUGAAGAUGUGAGGGGCACUCAUGAUUGGUCCUCACUUCCGCUCUGCCACGUGUGUUCCUCUCGCUGCUCUUCCUUCUUGAAACAAAAUAAGGAAGUACAAAACUCCCUCAAGCUGUGAAUUGUGGCGUUUACUGUCAGCUGAUGACAUUCGGCUUACUGUGGGAGGUUGCAAGCCACACUUCUAUUUGGGUUUUGGAAUCAAAAGUACUGCACCGUAUGAGGAACGCGUAGACAUGCACAAUAGCAUCUCAUCCCACACAAUUUUAAAAAAUGAAUAAAAGUGUUAUUAGUGGCCACAAGUAUAGCGGUGCCAAACAUUUUACCGUGCCACUGAUGCAAAACUGCAAGGGGCCAUAGUCACUAUGUUUCCCUGUUGCCACAAUGUAGUUAUAGAUGGAUCGUCACGACUUGACGUCCCCGUUUUCAGAAACCCGUUGACAGGAAAUGUGAGCGGACUCUGGACGGUGUAGUGACACAACCAAUCCUUUGUUGUUGUUGUUGUUUUUUUUUUUUUUUGGUUUGUUUUUGACCACUAUAUGGUUGGAUCUGUUCUCAUCAGAAUAAGCUGCAGACGUACGGUAAUUCUUGCAUACACUGGUCUUAUUUUGCUGUGAAAGAAGAACAAAUUAAUUGUUCAUGAAUCGUUACCUUAUUUAUAACAUUAAUUUAUCAGGUGGGAAUGCCAUCAAACACUGGUCAUCUGAAAGGAAUGACGAGGCACAUUUAAUUCCUUUGUUCACAUGAGAAGUAUUUUUGUCUUGCUAUGCUUUGAUUUCACAGCAAUGUGGCUUGUUUUCCCUCUUUGAUUGUGUUAUAUUGAUUAAGUAUUUUUUCCCAUGGUCCAUAGAGCGGGUGUUUUAUUUGUGUUUAUUUUGGAAAUGUAACUAUGACUGCCAGAUUUUCUUUGAUUUUUCUUAGCCGGGAUAUAAAAUGUUAAUCAACUUUCAUACAGAACCCUUCUUUUGCUGCCAAAAUGGAUGUACAACCGGGGUGGUGCAAAAUGUCACAUUUCCCUCUUGUGCUGUAGAAUUUCAGAUGUACCGGUAAUCAUUUUACGUUUUGUCUUCGUGUGUACACACACACACACACACACACACACACAUGUAUAUUUGUUGGUUGUUUUUUUUAAACUUCAGCUAACUAAAAGAAGACUACUGCCCCUCGUUGGUCAUGCUUCCAAGAAUUUUGAAUUAUUGUGAUUGUCACUGGAGAUUGGAGCACACUGACCAAUGCAGUCCCCAGGCUGCUCGUGUCGCUGCAGACUCUCAGUCCAUUUUGAGCAUUAGUGGGGUUCCGGUCUGGAGAGCAAUUAAGGCCUCAGAGGAACCCCAUAAUAUUUAACAAACAAAAUCUCAUCAUAGAUAAUAUAUUUUGUGGUAUGUGUUAAUACAUUUGUUUGAUUUUAAGAUCAGUUUUAUUCACAAAUUUGAUAUGGCUCUCAGUGAACACUGUAAAAAGAUAAUUGGCCCCCAAAACAUCAAAAGGUUUGCCAUACCGAUAAAGAGAGUUAUCACUCACUCUUUCUGUAGCACUUGUCAAAGGAAGGUUCUGUUGCUCUCAGUGAAACAACACAGCAUGUAGGGCUACCACAAGACUAAUGCCACACACGACACGGGUUGCUCUGUUGCUUGUCAGGUUUUAUUGAAUAUCGGUCAUGUGUUUUUUCUGAGAAUAUUGCAGCUCCUGUAUGGGUAUGAUUAAGUUGCAUUGGUUAAAAAAAAAGAAUCAAACAACCCAAAACAAAACAAAAAACUGCCAGCCCAGUAUCAGUUAGUGUCUGCCAUGGCUUUCGGACCGACACACAUUUUUGGUUUUUGUAUGCUAACCUCUGUUGAUAAAAUGUUUAUAAGAUUUAUUUUCGCCAAAGAUAUGCAAUUGCAUUAUAUAUGGUAUUACAAAACUAUUAAUAAAAAAAAUUGUUCUUCUUA